AUGGUUUCGUUAAAUGAUCCAUCAUGUUUUUCUGAGCUUUCCAACAAUUUGGAUAAUAUUCUCAACAAUGCAGUGGACAAUACAAAUGCACAAAGUUUUGCUCCAGGAGUUGUUUUGGGAGUCACAAAUGAAAAGGAAACAAAAUAUUUGAAUUCAAAGGGAGUUGUGAGUCUUGAUAGUGGGAAGAAAAUAUCAACUGAUGCAAUGUUUUGCUACUACUCAUGUUCAAAGGCCAUCACAACUACAGCGAUUCUCCAAUUGGUUGAAAAAGAAUUGAUUGACUUAGAUGUACCGGUGAAGACAUAUUUACCGAAGAUUGGAGAUAUUGGUAUAAUUAAAGGUUGGGAAGAUGAGAAAACGCCAAUUCUUGAGCCUCCAAGAGUAGAUAUAACUAUGCGUAUGUUAUUAACCCAUUCAGCAGGAUUUUCUUAUCCUUUCUUCAAUGAAGAUUACAAGAAGAUGCUUGAGCAAAAUGGACAACCAAACAUUCUUAACGUUGAUGAAACAACAAUGGAUCACACAUUUUUGACAUUUGAGCCUGGCACAAAAUGGCAUUAUGGUAUGAAUUUGGAUUGGGCAGGAUUUGUGUUAGAAGCCGUCACUGGCCAGAAGUUAGGGGAUUAUAUUACGGAGAAUAUUUUUAAGCCUGCCAAAAUGGAUUCAUGUACUUUUCAUAUAAAGGAAAAUGAAAUAGUUUCGACACAUAUGCGUACAGCAGAAGGAUUAUCGAUUGCUCCAUUUGGUCCAGGAAGAGAUCCUAAGUUAGAUAUGGGAGGCCAUGGUAUUUUUGGAACUGUAGAUGAUUAUUUAAAGUUCAUUAGAAUUUGGUUGAAUGGUGGAAAAACUGCAGAUGGGUGUCAGAUUAUCAGCCCAGAAACCCAUGAGAUUGCUAUUCAAAAUAAUUUAGCUAAAGAUUUGCAUGUCACCGAUCUUGAGUCCUUUCAACAAGAAGUCACAAAAUCAACUCUUUUAGAUCCAAAUAUAAAACCAGAUACUUGGUCACUUGGUUUUUCAAUAAACGAGCAAGAUUUACCCACUGGAAGACCAAAAGGUACUAUACACUGGUCUGGUGUAGCAAAUCUAUAUUACUUGAUAGAUAUAAAGAAUAAAGUAGGAAUUUUUUGGGCCACUCAAAUUUUUCCAUUUCUUGAUGAAUCAGCAGGUGGGUUUAUAAAAGCAGAAACUGCAGUCUAUGAUGCUCUAAAUUCGUAA